AUGGCGGGGCGGCGGGAGCCGGGGCGGCAGGAGCCGGGGCGGCUGGCGCAGGAGGCGGCGGCGCUGGCGGGCGCGGUGCGCGGCGCCCUGGGGCCGCGGGGCGGGCGGGCGCUGCUGGUGCGGCCCGGCGGGCGGGCGCUGCUGACGCGGGACGGGCGGCGCCUGCUGGAGGCGCUGGGCCUGGAGCCGCCCGCGGCCAGGAUGAUGGCGGCCUGCGCCUGCAGCCACCGCGCCGCGACGGGGGACGGCGCCAAGAGCUUCGUGGUGCUGCUGGCCGGCGUGCUGGGCGGGCUGCGGGCGGCGGGCCCGCGCGGGGGGCUGCGGCGGGCGCUGCGGGCCUUCGAGGCGCGGGUGCUGGAGCGGGCCGUGGCGCGGGGCCUGCGGCCGCACCUCCUGCCGGCCUUCCCCGGGCGGCGGGCGGACGGGGAGGCCCUGGAGGCGCUGCUGGAGGCCUACCUGGCCGGCCGGCUGGGCCCGGGCGAGCGGCGGCCGCUGGCGCGGCUGUGCGGCGAGUACUGCCGGCGCUGCGCCCCGCCCGCCGGGCUCUGCCCGCCGCUGCUGCGCCUGCUGGCGGGGCGCUUCGCGGAGCUGCACGCCGCCGUGCCCGGGCUCCCCCUGGCCAGCUCCAGGGUCCUGCCCGGGAUCGUCCUCUGCAGGGACUUCGCGGCCUACUGCCCUGCUGACGGGGAGCUGCGGGCCGUGCUGGUCACGCAGCCCCUGCGGGCCGCCCUCACGGCUCCCGGCGUCGAGUUUGUUGCCGAGUCCGAGGGUCAGUAUCGGGCCUCCCUGCGCUGGGCCGCGGGCAGGACGGAGGCCUUGAUGAAACGCUUCCAGCGCAGCAACGUCAAACUGUUACUGUCGAGUGUGAAGCAAGAGGACGUAGUUAUCUGCUGUGCAAAAUCCUACGGCGUGUCUGUGGUAGAGUGCCUGUCGGAGGAGGAGGUGGCCCUCAUCGGUGAAGUCACGGGAAUCUUGCCUUAUUCACCUCUGGGUGAUACCGCGCAGGAAGAAAUCGCUGAAACCGCGGUGGCAACGUUUUGCCAGCCCUUGCUGCUGGGCUCAAAGCGGUGGGCUCACAUCGGCUUCACCAGCGUGUGCAGCUUUCAGCCCCACUGCCUCAUUCUUUGUGGGCCGGUGGAAGGUGUUAACGAGCAACACGCGGCUGCUUUGCAAGGGGCGCUUACAAUGCUGCAGCAGCUGUUUAAAACAGUUGAUCAGAGGGAGGAAUUCCAGGCAGAGGGUGGAAGCCAGAGUGAAGCCUCAGAUGUUUGCAGGUGCCAUCCUUCAGCCAUGCAAAGGCAACUGGUAAUAGAAGGAAUUUCUUGUAACAGUAGUCAGGUUUCUGAACGACAACUGCAAACACCUGAAACAGAGACACAGAUUGUAGAUGCUGUUUUACAGGGAAGUGAAAGUCCAGCAUGUGUGCAAACAGACUUGCAGCUACCCUCAAAUCCCAUCUCACACAUCAAAGAAUUCAAUGUUUCCGCUGAAGGUGAUGGAGCUACAAGGGGCAUAGAGAAACCACGUGUGAAAUGCGAGCACCCAGGUGGCAUGCUCGGGAGCUGUAGUCGUGACUCCCGUCUGGACAAUCAGAGGAGCCACAGCACUGCUUUAUCCACAGCAGAUUAUGCUAAUGUAGUCACUGCCGGUGAACGCCUAGAUGUUGGCGAAGACCUAGAGAAAACAAGUUGCAAUAUAGUUCCAUUGAAACAUGAAAAGAGCUGUGCAAGUGCUGUACAGAAUUAUUCCAGGUCCCUCAUAGAAGCAGGAUCAGUUUUGCCAGUAGGAGGUUACUUUGAAAUCCUGUUACAUUAUUAUAUUCAGUGCUAUGCAAAACAGCUUCAGCAGUCAGAGGUAACUGUCAUAGCUAAUGUUGUUGCUGAUGCUUUGCUAAGUAUCCCCAGGUCCUUAUACAGGACAGCAGAACAAAACAGCUUUAUGAAAUUCUACCUCAAAACCAUAAAUACACUCAGAAAAAAUCAGCCACUACUGAUCGAUGAGAAAGGCUUAGAAUCAGUGUAUUGCAAAUACCAGUUAGUCACUUCAGUUCUUCAUUGUGUUUCACAGCUUCUCUCCAUAGAUCUAAUAGUUGGUGUUCAGCGGCCGCUGCAAAAAAUGGAGGAUAAUUACUCAGAAGAUGACUUCUGAAAUCAUUAAUAAAGAAUGGUUGUUAUA